UCACGAGUCAUGUAAACUUGUCUAAAUCUUCUCACUUCCUGUGUGUGGUUGGGAAGAGAACUCUUAGAAGCCACACCUCACUCUGGAGUAGCACCCCUAAGAUGGGUGAUGGUGGCUCUCCCAUGGGACCUUCUCUCAUCUCAUUCAAGCGAAUCAGGAACUGGCUGGCCAAACUGUUACUCUGGGCUAUUUUUCUUUCUACCACAAUUCAAAAUGCUGUAGUGGAUUGUAAGAGGGUGGAAAUAAACGAAUUGCCUUCUCCAAGUCUGAAUGCAAGCAUGACUGUGGUCAGCAUGGACCAGAGUGUAUCUAUGAUGUGUUCCUAUAAGAACACAUCAAUGGACGUCACAUAUUCGCUAUUUUUGGGUACAAGAUACCUAGAUAGCAGGAGAAGCAGGGGAGCUGCGACGUUUCACCUGAAGAUCUCCAGUGCCAAUGAAACGGGUCCCUACAAAUGCAAAGCCAACGUUUCCAACUUGGCUAAAUACAGCCAGGAAUUCAAUUUCACCAUCGCCAAAAAAGAGAGCAGUCCUUCAAGCCUGUUGCCACUGCUGCUCCCGAUGAUGUUACUGGGGCUCCUGGUAAUAAUCCUAGUUCUGGUUUUUGUGAUUCAAACAAAAUACAAAAAAACAGGAAAAGCUCUGAAAGAGAAUGAAUCCAAGACUGCUGGAGAAGUGUCAGCUCGAGGUGAGCUGUAUGCAAACAUCUGUGAAACUCAAACAGUCUGUUCAUCAGAGCCCCAGCCACAUUCUGAGCACUGUGCAAGCCCGGAUGUACCAGCUCCCAGUUUCUGCCACUCCCAUCUUGCCAAGAAGGAGCCUGGGUCAGACUUGGAGUGACAGCAACACGUUUCCACAACCCCAAAGGGAAAGUGCUCACUCCAAGCCCCAGGCCACCAUCCUCACAUGGUCAGAGGAUCCAAGAACUGGCCCAGUAACACUUAUGCAUUGCCCAGGGGCAGAGCAAGCUCAGGAGCUGCACUAUAUCACUCCAGUCUUCAAGGAGCUGGCACCCAGGGAACAAGGUGAGUCAUGCUGGGCACAAGAGAUGCUGUUGGAAUUCGAGAAGAGUCCCUGCUGCAUCACUUUGGGCAGGGGCUUCGUAGCUAAGGAUGGGGUGUGGGGAUCCGGGUCCCCAGUAAGUCAAUAGUAACCAAUCAUAGCUCCUGCAAAUCUGACAG